AUGACCAACAUUCAUCAUUCAAGCAGCUCUCCUAGCUAUCAAGUCUCUUUAGUGUCUCUCUCCUCUGCGUCCUCCUCCGAGCCUCUCCUCCUCAGCCACGGCCAUAGCCAUAGUAGCCACAGCCAUAGCCACCGUGACCACUCUGCCUUUGUAUCUAAUAGUAAUAAUAGUAAAGAGCAAAUAGUACCACAUCAGCAGUCUACUUCCUCUUUCCCUUGCACCACCACACCCGCAUCACCAACUUCACCCACACUACGACCGAACCCCACAUCUCGUAGUAAAACCUCAACCUCAACAACAACGACAACGUCGACUACCACAAACAACUUAAAUAUUAAUAGUAAUAAUAAUAAUAAUAAUAAUACUAAUAUUGUAAAUAAUAAUAAUAAUAAUAAUAAUACAGAUAAUAUAAAGGAAGCUCAUAGUAUAGUAAAAUACAUUGCAUCAACACAUAGUAAUAAUAAUAAUAAUAAUAAUAAUCAACCAAAUCAACAUAACCAAUCUAUCAAUUCAAAAGUUAGAAGUCCCUGUAAAUACACAUCAUUCAAUCACUCAUCAUCUUCAUCUAUUAAUCAUCGUUCACAAAGUACUCAAUUAUUGAAUAGUACUCAGAGACGUCGGUUUAACAAUAAUAAUAAUAAUAACAGCAACAACACUAGUAAUAAUAAUAAUCUAUUUAAUAACAAUACGAUGGUAUCUUCAACUGAACCUCUAUCACAACCAACAUGUUGUCUAUCCAGUGACAUGAUGAUGUUGGAUAUCAUUGACUCUUCUUCUUCUUCUCGUCCAUUGCCAAUGAUUGACAACAACAACAACAGUUGUGUCCAACAAUCGUCUUUGUCAAGUAGACCAACCACACCUCAAAAAUCGGUUCCAUUGAGUGAAUGUCCAGGCGCACCCAAAAAGAAGUGUCGAUACUCUAAAUCAAGAUUAGGUCGUUCUGUUCCAAGAGUCUUGUUCCCUUCGUCAUCAUCAUUAUCCUUGGUACCAUCACCAUCACUAAUUGACACCAGCCAAUUUAGUUGUUUACCAACCUUUUCAUCAGAUUUAUUAAAUUUACUUUAA